AUGGUUCAAAGGAGCCAAUUUACCGGGUCGAGACUUGAGAGUCCUAGGGAACAUCUAAAGACUUUUGUCGAUUAUUGCUCCACGGUGAAACACAAUGGGGUAACCCAAGAAUACAUAUGCAUGGCUCUCUUCAAGUUCUCCUUGAUCGGUAACGCAAGAAAAUGGCUCCAUGACCUCAAGGAAAACUCCUUAACCUCUUGGAAUGAGGUGACAGAGGCAUUCAUCAACAAAUAUAGUAGCCCCGUGCAAACUGCGGACUACCGCUCCAAGAUGAUGACAUUUAAGGAAAGGACCGAUGAAACCCUUCAAGAGUCGUGGGACAGAUUCAAUGAGCUCAUUCGCCAAUGCCCACAUCAUGGCAUAGAGAUGGGGGUGCUCCUCCAUUUUUUCUACCACGGGCUUUCUAAGGCCUCUAGGACGGCCCUAGAUGCGGGAGCCGGGGGUCCAAUCAUGAAGAAGAGCUUGGAAGAGGUUUUUGACAUCAUUGAUGAUGUGGUCCGAAAUUGUGAAAAUUGGAACGAUGAUAGGAGAAAAUGUGACAAGAAAGGAGGAAGGUACGACCUUGAGCCGAUCCAUGCCUUGAGCUCCAAGUUUAAUGCUCUCGUCACACAACUUCAAAGGUCCAAUUCUAUCCCUCCUUGUCCUCCUAGUCCCCAAUCCCCUUCUAGUGUCAUGUCAUGUGCUUUGUCUUAUGAUUAUUGUGGUUCGUUUGAGCAUCCCUCUUCAUAUUGCUAUCCUUUCGACCAACCCAUGGAACAAGUUAAUGCUUUCAAUAAUGCAAGCAACCAACGGUUUGAUCCCUAUUCCAACACCUAUAACCCCAGUUGGGGGCACAACCCAAGGUUUAGUUGGAAGGAUGAUCAAACCCAAGGCCAAUCCUCAAACUUCCAAAGAGCACCACCACAAAACUAUCAAAGUCAUGGGAGUUACCAAGGUCAAUCUUUCUCUUCUUCUCAAUUUCAAAGACCGCCUCCACCACAAAGCUUUCAAAAUCCCCCUCCCGGUUUUCAAAGACCGCUCCUCAAUGCUCCACCUCCUCAAGAGUCCAAUAUUGAAGCAAUGUUGAAAACAUUCAUGACUCAAGUCAACCAAAAGUUUGAUUCCAUGGCCACCCAUAAUAAAAUUUUUGAAACACAAAUUGCACAAUUGUCAUCCUCUAAUGCUUCAAGAGUUCCCGGUUAUUUACCCCCUCAAGGGGUAAGUCCCGACGAGAUCCAUCAAGCUAAUGAUAUUGUGACAAGAAGUGGGAAAAACCUUGUGAAUUCAACUACUAAGAGUCUAACUCAAGGAGAGAGUGAGCCCAUUGAUGAGAGUGAGCCUAUUGUUGAUACCACCAUAGACGAGGAAGAGGUUGUGGUAAGUGAGACAAUGGGUUUUGAAGUCCCAAAGAGAGUGGUUCCUCCUUACAAACCCAAAUUUCCUUUCCCAUCUCGUUUUGCCGGAGCUAACCUUGAUGACCAAUUUGCAAAAUUCCAAGAAGUCCUCAAGAACCUCUAUGUGAACAUUCCUUUUGCCGCAGCCCUUAGGCAGAUGCCUACAUAUGCCAAGUUUUUGAAGGAGAUCCUAACCAAGAAGAGGGUUGUGGAUGUGGUUGAGACUAUUAGCCUACCCGAAAGUUGUAGUGCCAUUAUCCAAAAUAAGUUGCCCACCAAAUUGAAAGAUCCCGGGAGUUUUUCCAUCCCUUGUGCAAUUGGGGAAAUUUUCAUAGAUAAGGCCCUAUGUGACUUGGGGGCAAGUGUGAGUGUAAUGCCAUUCUCUAUAUUUCAAAGGUUGAUUGUGAGGGAGUUGAAGCCUACCCAAGUGUCCCUCCAAUUAGUCGUCCGUUCGGUGAAACUUCCAUUGGGUAAGGUAGAGGAUGUGCCUAUGAGGGUUGGGAAGUUCUUUAUUCCCGUAGAUUUUGUGGUCUUAGAAAUGGAGGAUGACCCUAAUGUCCCAAUCAUCUUAGGAAGACCUUUUCUUGCCACUGCGGGGGCAAUCUUAGAUGUGAGAGGUUGUAGACUAUCCCUUAGUGUGGGGGAUGGGAAAAUUGAGUUUCAACUUAACCAAAUCAUGAGAUGCCCCUCCCACAUGGAUGAUUGUAAAAGGAUUGAUAUCCUUGAUGAGAUUGUCAAUGAGUCUAUGAGCAUGCAUAUGCAUUCUACUAACGAUGUUCUUGAGUAUGUUCUUGUGCAUGAUCCCAAUGAAUGCAAUUCCACCAUGGAGACUCAAGAGAUGCUUCUAGCUAUGGAUUAUGAAGAACCCUUGGUGUCUGUUGAGACCACCAAGGAGGUAAGCAAGCUUGAACUCAAACCCCUCCCUUCUACUCUCAAAUAUGCUUACCUUGAUGAUGCAAGUCCGGUAAUUGUCAAUGCUAAACUCAACGAUGAAGAGAUUUCCAAACUCUUGAAUGUUUUGAGAAAACAUAAAAAGGCCAUUGGGUAUAGCAUUGGUGAUUUGAAAGGGAUUAGCCCGGAUUUUCGCAUGCAUCGAAUUGUUCUUGAAGAAGGUCAUAAACCUUCUAUUGAGCCUCAAAGGAUAUUGAACCCCAAUAUGAGGGAAGUGGUAUGGAAGGAAGUAGUAAAACUAUUGGAUGCGGGAAUUAUUUAUCCGAUUUUGGAUAGUAAGUGGGUUUCCCCCGUCCAAGUAGUACCCAAAAAGGGGGGAAUGACCGUCAUUAAGAACAAUAAUGAUGAGUUAAUCCCCACUACGGUUGUGACCGGUUGA